GGGAUGCAGUCGACCAAUCAGAGACUGUGUUUAUGAGAGCGGUGAGACGCGAAAAACCCUGACUGUGGGCUAGUGCCGCGUCGUAGAGGGGUGCGGGCGACCUUCACAUAAUACAAGGAGAUGUGAUUUUAUUUCUGUUCAUGUAAAUGAAGUCACACACGUCGACGGACAGCAACAGUGGAAAUGUUUUGUAGUCAGGAUAUUAAGCUGUUUCUUUAGGAGGAAAGUCAUUUAAGAGAGAAAGUGGAAGUGUUUUAUCCAUUUGAGGAUCUCAACAGGAAAUCUCAGUCUCUGCACAUUUAUCAGGGAAUCGGUCUACUUGGCCUGUUAAACCGAAAAGCUUUCCAUACAGACAAAAGUGCCAGGGACAGGUGCAAGAUGUUUCAAAAAUGGGGGCGGAAGACGUGGAUGGGGACUUCAGUCCCUCAUCAUCAGUUAUAAGGCUGGAUUUUGGUUUCCUGCUUAAAAAUGAGUCACUAUCAGAGUUUUAAACAUGGCAGCAGAUCUGGCCUUAGUCACUGUUCUCGUCCAGCUUCUUGUUGAUUUGGUGACAAGUGACAGCAUUGAUUUCUACAAUAUCAUGCCUGCUGUAGAAGCCACCCCAUACCCCAAGAGUUUCAAGUGCUUCACAUGUGAACAGGCCUUAGACAACUACAGCUGUAACCGCUGGGCAGAAGACGUGUGGUGUCCUCAAAAUACUCAAUAUUGUAUGACAAUACACCACUUCAACCAUCAUGGAAAGACAAAAUUUGUUACCAAAAGAUGUGCUGUGCGUGAAGAAUGCCAGUUAGCUGGCUGUAGACAUCACAAAAAUACACACCAUGAGUGCUUAUCUUGCUGUGAAGGGAUGGUUUGUAACAUAGAGCUGCCGACCAAUCACAGUAAUGCAGUGUUUACCCAGAGACAAACCCACAGCUCAGCAGCACCCACUUUCAGGAUCUGGGAUUGUGUGACCCUGCUGGUCCCAGUUCUCAUGGGACUGCUACCAUUAUGAUCCUCAAUCAUAAGAACCUGUUCGGUGAUGAACAGCACUGCAAAUCAUUGAGACAAAGGAGACAUCAUCCACACUGGAAUAUUAAUACAGUCAGAUGGAUGUUUUCAUUAAGGCCAAAGUAACAUUGUGCAGGAGAAAGCUAGCAUUCCCAUUCAUCUCAGUGGCAGUAUGUGGCAGGAUUCUCUGUAAUAUUGUGAUUUGCCAUCUUUGCUGAUGGGCUCACAGAUGUUCUCAUGACUGAUCAGUGACUAAUCAGCCUGGAGCCACAAGAAAAAUUACAUCAUGGCUUGGCUGAUUGGUUAAUGCGCCACAAGAAGAAGAUGAUCACUCACUAGUGACUGUCUGGAGCUGUAAUAGAAGUCAAUUUCACACUUGGAGGCUCCCUUCAAAAACAGUUGGACACUGAACAAUCUACAAUAAUAUAAUGAAAUUACUUACAAAUUAUUUUAUUCUUUUAGAAAACACAAUGAUUUGGAGUGGAGACGGAUGCAUUUUGCAGCCAAAUCAGCAAAACCAUAUCUUAAUUUUUCAGCGAGGAGACCGCCAGUCGGCCAGUGGUGGAGGAACUGUGUGCACAGGAAGCUGCUGUGUCAGGAAGGUCUGUCAAUGGAGUAGUAUCGCUUGUAAUCACUGCUUACUAAUGACGUGCUAAAUAGGACAGAGAACCAGACGGGUUGCAAAACAGCAUUUAGCAACUAAAGCGGUGGAAUUAACUUAUACUGCCUCACUGGAUUUGUAUUGAGCAAAUUGAGGCUCACACACUGAGCAUUAGAAGUCUCUGUGUGGGAUGUUCCUGUGAGACAGUGGCUCUGGUCCCAGAUUCUGUCACACAGGCCGAGCACAGCAAUGAGAGGACGCGGGAUGUGUUGUUCUAGUUUUCUAAAUGGUGUUAAUGUCUCUAAAAGAGAUCUGGAUUGCUACAUAAAUAUCAGUGCUUUAAGAAGAUGGAGCUGCAUCACGUAAAAGCACUGAUUAAGUAUAUUUUGUAUUAUUCUGGCUUGACUAUUGCAAAUGCUGUCAUGUUUUACUGUCCUGAAAAACCAAUAGAAAUAAAAACGUGACCAUAUUUAACU